AUGCCUCUUAUUGUUCCAGGAAUCAACUCGAAGGAUGGUGACUCUUCCUCAAAUAACAUGUCUACCAACCCCGUCAUUCCCAACGAAGAGCAGAUCAAGGCCGGUGUUUUCGAUAAGAAGGGCGACUCUGCAAAGGCUUGCGCCGAGCAUCACAAUGCGACCCCGGGCCCUGUCAUCCCAGACGACACUUCGGUUUUCGAGAACAAACUAAGCCGUGAGGAGCAACAUGCUAAGGCGAAAGAGUUGAAUAAAGACUAA